UGGUGCUCAACAUGGCGGCCGAGCUUGGCAGGCCAGUCUGGGAACCCCGUGAUAAAGGGGCCAAUAAUGGCCACGACGAGCUCCUCGUCUUCGGAUAUUCUUGUAAACUGUUCCGCGACAACGAGAAGGCUUUGUUCCUGGAUAAAGGAAAGCAUCUUAUCCCGUGGAUGGGCAACAGUGAGCUGAUGGUUGACAGAUAUGAUGUCCGUGGUGCUGUGUGUGAUCUGACUGAAGUUGAGGCAAGUAGCAAAGGAGACCAGUUGGAAGAGAUGACAGAGGAGGAACGAGCAGAAGAAGAAAGAUGUGACUAUGAACGCUAUUUUGCGCUCUAUCAUGAUGAGUAUCAGUAUCAAGCUUACCAAGAUGAGGAAGCAAAGAGAUUAAUGGCAGAACUUGGUUCUGAUGUAUAUGCCUACAGUCAAGUAGGUUUCAACUAUGAUGGACAAGUACCAGUGAGUGAGGCAGUUGGCUUGACUGAAGAGCAUGGUGCUGAACAACUUCAGGAUGAAAACCAUCAAACUGUAGAUAAAGAAGAACAAACUACCGGGUAUUUUCCAGAGGCUGAUGAGGAUACAUUUAUCCCUCCUCCUGAACUCAGUGUUCCACAAGGAAUGGUAGUGCCAGAGACAGUGAAACAAAACAAGAUUAUUGUGAAGACAUCAAAGUUCAUUGUUACUCAGGGAGGACAGAUGGAAAUUGUGAUAAAGACCAAACAAGCUGGCAACCCUAUGUUUAGCUUCUUAUCAUUUGAUAAUCCACUUAAUGCUUAUUAUAAGCACAUGGUGGCAAUGAUCAAGAAUGGCAGGUAUCGUCCUGCUGAUGAAGUUGAACGGGUAAAGUCUAGAAGAGAGAGUGAUGGAAAUGGGGGUCAGUAUCUACACCCAAGUCUUUCAGCAGGCAUUAAACCAGAUCUUGCUCCAGGGACCCCUACUCCUGUUCACAGACCAUCUGCAGACUGUGCAUACUCAAAGUUAAUUCACAAAAUUAAGGAAAAACAAAAAAAUACAGCAGUAGUAGAACGUAUUGACUCCCCAGCUCCAACUUCUCCCAGUGUUCCUAUUCCUACUGCUGUGUCCACACCCAUUGCCACACCAGCAACAGUAGUCCUUGAACCACAAAAUCAGGAUAAAAAGAAAGUCCUGUCAGAUAUCACACCUGUUGGAUCACCCAAAAUUACAAGCUUAGUUGAUUAUCCUUCAUUCAACCGAACCAAAGAAUGUGAUUCUGACGAUGACCUAGAUGGCAAAUCUGAAAGUUUGACAAGUAAUACUGAAAGCACUAGUGAAUAUAGCAGUAUAAAGUGGCCUCCACCAGAUGUCCAAAUGGUAAUUGACAAGAUGGCAAGCUACAUAAUAAAGAAUGGAGCAGAUUUUGAAGCUAUGGUGCGCAGCAGAGAUGAUCCCAGAUUCAGCUUCCUCAAAACAGAGCACGAGUACUAUCCCUAUUACCGAUGUAAGAUUCGCCUGUACAAUGAAGUAUAUGGAGAUAUUUUCAAGGAGGGAGGAGAGCACUGCACACACCCUGACAAAUACCCGUCAUUGAACAAUGAUGGAGGAGGAAGAGUAAUAGGAGUUGGAGGAGGAAAUGGUAGUGAUGUUGGAGGAAGUGGUGGCCUAAGUAGCAGCAACAGCAAGAAGGAAAAGCGUACAAACACUAAACAACCCUCUACCAUUAGCUUUUCAAUAAAAUCUCGGGAGCAAGAAGUUAACCUUGACCGGCACUCAACCUUCCCUGUGGAGUCUUCAUCAACAGAUGAUGAGGAUAUGGAAGAAGAAGAAAGAGAGAAAAGAAGAAUAGAGAGAGAAGAACGAAGAAGGAAAAGAAAAUUAAAAGAGAAAGAAGAGAGGGAGAGACGUGAACGGGAGGAAAGAGAGAGAAAAGAGAAAGAAGAGCGUGAGAAAAUGGAGAAGAUUGAAGAGUCGACUGAUGCUUCUGGUGACAAUGAAGAUGUUUAUGACAUUUUCAAAUAUGCACAAGAGAUGGGCAAUGAAGCAGAUACAGAAGAACACAGCCGCAGUGAGAAAAACUAUGAUGACGAACGCUCGAGAGACAGUAAUACUGGAUUGCAUCAUGAUAAAUCUCAUGGCACAUCACCCGCAUCCACUCAUACUUCAAGUCAUGUCUCUCACCCUGAGAGAAAACAACAGGAACGAAGAAAGAAAGCAGCCAUGUUCCUUUCUCGAUUGAAAAAGAAUGGAGGCGAGGAGGAUGCCCUUCCACAGCCAGUUUAUGGACCACAGUUACCACCUGAAAUUGCUGCUCAGAUACUGAACUCUGCUUCACAAUCACCACGCUCCUCCAUUGCUAGUACUAGACACACUACCCCCUCAAGAUCUCGAUCUCAUUCUGUCAGUCCUGGACCUGGGAUUCCCAUGCCUCCAAAAGAGGCUCCAGCACCUCCCCCACCACCACCACCUGCUCAGUCUCCCUCACCACCUAGAGGAACAGAGAUUGUUGACACUUGCUCCAAUGUCACUGCAAAAAAUAACUGGGCCUCCAUUCCAGAGCCUCCAGUUAGUACAGAAUUUGUGGAGCGUUCUAAAACUUCAAACUUGAAAGAGCCAUCUGUUUUGUCGGGAACAAGCGAGGAUGGACGCAGAAGUGAAAGUUUGGACAGCAGGAGGAGCAAGUCCCGGCCGCUAGAAGUGCCUCACCGGGAAAAAACACGAAGCCGUAAGAAGCAACGACAUGGACGUUCGGAAAGUCGGUCUCCAAGUAGCCGACGAGAUAAAAAGAAACGCAAGAGGUCAAGGUCAAGGUCUCGUAGACACAAGAAACGUCGCUCACGAUCAAAGUCCCCCAAAACUCACAGCCGAUCAUCUCAUAAAAAGAAGCGCCGCAAGCACAGUACUCGACAUGACAGAGAAAGAGUGGAGAAGAGAAGUAAGAAGUCUCGGAGACGUAGUGUUUCAUCUUCCUCGUCAGAUUCAUCUGGUCCUUCUUCCUCAAGUUCCAGUUCUACUUCACCAUCAGAUAAUGAAGUUCAAGUAAU